AUGUCGAUGAUAAAUCUGGCACAAUCAUCAACGUAUCUGGCGGACAGGACAGAGAAGAAAGAUCGGAGUAACAUUUCGCCUUUGCUCCGUCCCGUGUCUAAUUUACGGGCUUUCCGACAAGUCGAGUUAAGGUGCGAUGGCGAGUUGCGUGUGGUGCCGCUGCAUGAACACUGGGACCAGCUGGAGGCGUGUGCCGAACUGUUAAACGAACAGUGGAAAAGGAGCAUUGGUGCCCGUGUGCAUUCCCUUAAACAAUCCUGCCAUGAGUUCCCUGUCUGCCUGCUUCUUAUGGAAGGAGGGCGUGGCCAAAGUAGACUGCUGGGCCACGCCCGUCUGUCUCGCGUGCUGGGCAGCCGAAGCCUGUUCGUGGAGUCGGUGGUGGUUUCGAGCGCGAAGCGCGGGAAGGGGUACGGCAGAGCCCUGAUGGAGGGGGUGGAGAACUACGCCCGUGGCAGGGGCUGUACGCGUCUGUGUCUGACGACCCAUGACAAGCAGCACUUUUAUGCACACCUGGGCUUUGUGUUGUCUACUCCAGUGCAGAAUGUUGGAGCUUUGGCCUCGUUCAUGCCCAUGGAGCUUCUACACAAGUUCUGCAGGACGUCAGAGAACCAAGGGGAAUCUGCCAGAUUGGCGUCUAGGCCUGUCUCAAAAACACCCAACCAAGGCCAACCUACUGCUCUCGCUCCAUCUUCAAAUGCUUUACUACCUCCUCCCCCUCCUCCUCCUCCACCUGCUCUCUCUCUGUCCUCUCCACUUCUGCCUCCCCCACCACCUCCUCCUGUUGCUCCUCCACCACCUCCUCCCCCUCCUGCUCCUUCUCUUUCCUCCCCUCCACCACCACCUCCCCCUCCUGCUCCUUCUCUUUCCUCCCCUCCACCACCUCCUCCUCCUCCUGCUCCUUCUCUUUCCUCCCCUCCACCACCUCCUCUCCAGCCUCAGUCUUGGACUCCAGUAGUUCAGACACUGGAGCAGACUCCAUACACAGACAACAGAGGUUUGCCCAUCUUCUGGAUGCACAAGGAUAUCUAA